AUGAAGUCUGGAGAAACAGGACAUGUCGAAAUUGAGGAGAAAAGCGUUACGAAGAAGAAGCACAGUGGGACGCGGUAUUCUACCCCAAGAGGACAGUAUCAUGAGCCAGAAUGGCUGAGUCCAAGUAGUCGCACGCUACUUCGCAGUAUGUUACAGGUGAACCCUCGUUACCGCAUAACUGUUAAACAGUUACUUGAUCAUCCAUGGAUUAAUCAUAAAUACAGUCAAAAGCUUAAAUGGACAAGCAUUUAUGAUAGGAACGUGGUCGACGAAGAAGUAGCUACCGAGUUAGCCUUUCAUCAUAGAAAGUCUCUAGCUGAGAUGACUGAGUUGAUCAAGGAAUGGAAAUUUGAUUAUCUCACAGCUACUUACUACCUGCUUUUACAACAAAAAGGACGUAAAAGAAAAAUAGCGCUACCACCUCCAAAGCCCAAAAUGGGCGAGUCACGUGUAGCUGCAUCUCCAACCAUUCAUGCUUCUCUUGAACACAAUCUUGAUCUCUCGGGUCUUGACGACAGUCCCGACAUCGAUCUCUCACCUCGGAGCUUCCGCUCUGGUAGUAGUAUCAGUGAGCGAUUUGAUGCACUAUGGCGUCAUAACGAACAUGAUCAUGGUAAUGGCAAGGAAAGGGAGAGAAUAGCUGGUAGAGGAGCUGAUAAGACUUCGUAUAUCAAUGCAAUUUUCAACACUCCUACCAUAUGCACUGGAAGGUCUCCUCAACAGAAAUUGUCUUACAAUUCUCCUACAACAGCUAACUCAACUCCGUACAGACCAGUACAAAAGUCUUCUGCACGAGGGCAGGGGAGCUUCGGCUGCGAGCCAGGAUAUGAUAAGGAGAAUUAUCGUACUGGAGCAGCGAGUGUAAGGGUUCGUGGACCGGUUAAAAUAAUAGACGAACGUGGUACAAGGCCUCGAAGCAUUUAUACUACCCCUCAGAGACCGGCUUUAAAAGGAUUGUUUAGUCCGGGUGGUGUUCGACAAAGGGCUAGGUCUUCAGAACGUUCCAAUGCUGAUUCACCUGCAUUUUCUGGUGGCAAGACACCAUGCGAAUCUACACGGCAGCCGCGAUCUACCGCAAAGACGCCUAGGUUGAAACAACGGGUUGGUUUAAUCAAAUUUGACUUUCAUUUAUAA